GAGCAGCCGGCAGUCUGCGCACGGACAUCGAUCGAGGUUCACGUUCCGCAUUUACCGCAUCCGUCCUGUUCUCUCAUUCUCACAUACUCUUCUGUUUCCUUCCUUCCUUCCUUCUUUCCUUCCUUCCUCCUUCUUCUUCCUUCCGUAACUUCCGUUCUCGAGAUAUUAUCGGAAUACAAUACGCGUGUCGCAUUUGAAAUUCUCGAUCGUCGAUCAUCGAUCAUCAAUCUUUUUCAGUCUUCUUUUUUUUUUUUUUUUGAGGGGGCUUUUUUUUUCCUUCUUUUUUUUCUUCAUAUUUUUCUUUUCUUUCCUUCCUUGUGUUUUGGUGAAGAGACAUAACGAAUACUUUUUUGUGAAUUUGUGUGCAAAGGACGAAGACAGAAAGAGGGUGGGAGAAAGAGGGAGAGAGAGAGAAAGAGAGAGAGAGAGAGAGAGAGAGAGAGAGAAAUUGAUAUAUUUUAUCUUAUGGUUUUUCCUACAAAUUAAAUCCAAUCGAUGCAAUCAAUCGCAAGAAGAUGAUCUAAAGACGAUGAAUCUUCGUUGAUCCUGUUAUUUCCGAUUCUCGAAGAGCGAUGUUCAAACGAUUAUCGAAAUCGAGGCGUCAUAGUGCCGAUGACGUCGGUCUUUCUUUACCGAGAAGCUCGAAUCUCGAGGAAUCGGAGACUCAGCCGAGUAUCAGUACGAUUCCAGUUUCUCGCGACAAUUCUCAAGGAUUGAGUCCUGCGGCUUUACUUAGGAUCUCCAGGACGAAAUACAGCCGAAGAAGUUGCGGCGAUGCUACAGCGAUGCAAGCGUUACUUUCUUCGAAGCAGGACGAGGAGCAGGAGGUCGUUGAGGUUGACUACCGGAGUGACUAUCAGACCGACUAUCAGAUGGUCACUGCUGUGCCAGCGUUCAUCGUCGAGCAUGAGCCCGAAAAGCAACGAGGGUCAAGCUUAGGAGUCUGGGGCCGUAGGAUGAGCAAAAAGAUAGACUCCUUUCGUAGAGCUGGUUCCCGUGAAACGAUUUGUUCCCUAGAAAGAUCCGAUCCCAGCGGCAACAAUAAUAACAAUGAAUCUAACAACAAUAAUAACAACAAUGGUAAUAUAAAUCCUACGUUGAACAAGACGACGUUACAACUGAAGACAGAUUCGAAGUUGGACUCGAAAAGGUUAUCAGGAAAUUCACAGAGAUCACCGUCGCCGUUCAAAUCAUUUUUCAUUCGUAUGGGUUCGACCGGUAUGUUAAAUUCUACGAGAAUCAAUAGACGUUCAGCGAACGUCGAUGUAAGUUCGAAAUCAACGGAGAAAGAGAAUUUAUUUAGAAGUUGCAGUACAAGUCAAUUGAAUACAAGUCCUACUUACGUUAAGGGCGAUGAUCCAUCUGAAGGAAUCGAUCUACGGAUCGCGGCACGUAAGGAUAAAACAGUAUCCUGCGAUGAUUUAGCCGGUCGACGAAAUGACGAUGUCUUUGACGAUCCGAACGAUGACGUUUCACCGUCCGUAUGCCAAUCAGGAAGUCUUUCGGGUAGUCCAACUGGUAGCCCAUCGGUGAGUCCCACAGGAAGUCCAUCGACUAGGAACAAUUUCAAACCAUGCGAUUUUGGACGAUCAAGAAUGGAAUCGGCAAUGAGAAAAAGUAGUAGCUGUGAUUUCAAAGAGGCAAAGAAAUCUAGUUUCCCGUAUGCUUUUCUAAGAUCAAAGUUAUCCGUUUUGCCUGAGGAACGUCACAGUUCAUUCGUUUCGAAGGACGAAAGAUUGUUCAAAACGGCAUCGGAGGAACAUUUUCCAGCGUUGAAGAUCGAGGACUCUUACACCGGUACGACGACGUUAGGACGUAAACGAUCUAGAAAUGGUAAUAUGGGUCGUGGUAACGUUUCGAGGUAUCAAGAGACGCCAAAGCCUCCGAGGAAUUCCUAUGUGGAAUUUAAAAAAAAACAGGAAAGAUAUAGUCUAAAUCCUAGCGAACUCGAGCGCAUCGAGGAUACGUUUAAUCAUGAAGAUUCGGCUCGUUACGGUGCAUACGGUAACGUUAGUCCAAUGUCACUUGGACGAGGAAAUCCAAGUAUUCAUCGAUCCGAGAUCAAUCAAGAUAGAUUGGAUUUUCCUGUUAGAACAAUGGAUCUUAGAUUUUCGGAGACAUCUUCAUUGAACGUAGAACUUGACGUUACGGCUACAUUGAGAAUCGACAGAAGGAAUUCAGCGCCAAGCGGUGAGCAAAGGCUAUCGUCUCAUUACGUGAGCUCGAACGAGUCCGGUUACGACAGUGACGGUCCUAGGGGUGAAUCCGCAGCCGCGUCGGAGAACGAAGCUUUGAGUUUGAAAUGUACAGAUAGCUCGGACACCAGUAGCGUUAUCGAUUCGGAAUUGGAAAAGCCUAUAAGAAGUUCAACCCCUAGCGAGUGUCAGGAUCAAGAACAGAAAGAAUUGAGGAAGGGUUCAGCGACUGAAACGAGAAUUGAUUCCUCAGAAAUAGGUGAUGUAAUAGACGGCUUAAGGUGGCAUCAGAGUACCUCUGGUAGAUUGUUACCGAGCAUCCAUCAGACAUCGUUCGACAAUACCAAUACGAAUUCUCAUUUUCCUAUCUGCGGCGAUAGUUCAAACAAUAUAGCCAACGUAACGAAACCACUUGACGUGUCACCGCAUCGUAUAAGAUUGCAACAAGAUAAGACUCGUUUUCUCAGCGAUAUCAUACAGCCACCAAAGAGAGUUAGACGUUGUCGUAUAGUUCAACUUCAGAAGAGAGAUCCAAAAGAGAGUUUGGGAAUACGAUUGGCUCAGCAAAGACUCGGAGAGAUCCGUUAUAUAGUCGUACAGCUAGAAAGCGAUGGUAUAGCACAUAGGGACGGUAGGCUAAGACUCGGUGACGAGAUCGUUGAAGUCGAAGGGAAGGAGUUACGAACUCUUGAGAGUCUUGAGGAGGUCCAAGAGUUCCUUAGAUCGUUUACAGGAAAUAAGAUAAGAUUGAUGACAGCUUACGAGGAAACAGUGCCCCAGGUCUAUGUAGCACCGCCAACGCCAACGUCAGCCGCUCUACCUGGCGAGUAUGAGUAUCUUGAAAAUGCGAAGAAUCUUUCGAAUAUGUCGUUGAUAGACGACAAAUCGAAGGAAAGUUUAUCGAAAGACAGUAAGGUCAAUGAGGAUACAACACGAUCUAGCAAACGACCUGACUUUCUACCCCUCUCCUCCCUGUCGAAGAAUCAUCGAAAGGACUCGGAGAAUGGUUUCGAGGCUAACACCGAAUCUCAGCACUAUCUGACGAAACACGUGGCGAAGUUUGAAAAGGGCUACGGGAAGCCAAGUUUAGGAUUUAGCGUUGUAGGUGGAAGGGACAGUCCGCGCGGUGAAAUGGGCAUUUUCGUCAGACGUGUCUUUCCAGGUGGACAAGCCGACGUAUCCAAGUCGUUGUUCCAAGGCGACGAAAUCGUGAGUUUGAAUGGGAAGAUCUUGAAGGGUCACACGCAUCAGGAAGUGAUCGAAUUAUUCAAAGCUGUUAGGGAAGGUCCGGUCGAGUUAGAAAUAACGAGGCGACACAGGUAUCCUAAGAGCACCUUGAAAUCGACGCCGUAUUAAAAAAAAGAAAGAAAAAGAUAAAGAGAGAAUGAAAAGAAACAAAAAAUAAAAAGGAAAA